AGAAAACGUGCUGCGGAGAAAGAAGUAGGGUCCGGAGCUGAACCCCCAAAGCUAGCGGGGCUUACUUGGAGACCCUUUUUGGGGUUAGGUGAAAUGGGGAGAAUUUUAUAUCCGUGGAAGUAGGUGGUAAACAGGUUGCCUGGGUCUCCUCGUACUAAGCGAUAGAGACCUUUCCUGUCCGUGCUAUCUUUCCCCGCAAAAUGCCCUCCUCACCGCAGUAGGGAUCGAGACCUUUUGACUUCUCCCGCGCGCCGUCGCCGGAGAAGUUUGGGGAGUCGGCCUUGCCCCGCCCAUCCUCCCAGGGACAUCCUACAGUGCCCGCUGCCAUGGCGACGCUGCUGCGCGGGGUCCUGCGCCCGGUCCGUGCCUUCCAAGGCCGACCAGGGCCUGCUGCAGAUGUGCCCCUCCGAGCCACGAGCCAUGGCGCCGGCUUGCUUUAUCCCGAACACAUCCGCACCUCGCCGCUGCAGAAGGCGCUGCUGGCCGCUGGCUCUGCGGGCAUGGCACUCUGUGACCCGUAUCGCCACGACAUGGUUGCAGUUCUAGGGGAGACCACAGGACGCCGUACCCUGAAGGUCCUCAGGGACCAGAUGAGGAGGGAUCCAGAGGGUGCCCAGAUCCUGCAGGAGCGUCCCCGGAUCUCGCUGUCCACCCUCGACAUGGGCAAGCUCCGGAGUCUGCCGGAGGGCUCCCUUGGCUGCGAGUAUCUCCGAUUCCUGGAUGUGAAUAGGGUCUCCCCAGACACCCGAGCACCCACCCGAUUCGUGGACGAUGAGGAGCUAGCGUACGUGAUCCAGCGGUACCGGGAGGUGCACGACAUGCUCCACACCCUGCUGGGGAUGCCCACCAACAUCCUGGGGGAGAUCGUGGUGAAGUGGUUUGAGGCUGUUCAGACCGGCCUGCCCAUGUGCAUCCUGAGUGCACUCUUCGGACCCAUCCGACUCAGUGCCCAGAGCCUGCAAGUGCUGGUCUCGGAGCUGAUCCCAUGGGCAGUUCAGAAUGGGCGCAGAGCCCCGUGUGUCCUCAACCUGUACUACGAGCGGCGCUGGGAGCAGCCCCUGAAGGCUCUGCGGCAGGAGCUGGGCAUCACAGAGCCCCCCAUGCGCGUCGAGGGCCUGGACUAGACCCCGAGCCGCUGAGCCCGAAGGGCCUGGCCUGGCUCCCAACCCCCAGCCUCACUUCCCUUGGGGGCAGAGCGCUCCUUUGCCAUCACCUUUGUUCCUUUGCUUUGAACACUGACCCUUGGACAUCACUAAUCAUAAUUUAUCAUAAGCACUGCUGAGUGGCUUUGAGGGCCAACUCGGGAGGGAGCAGGCAGCGCACUGGAGCUCAUAGGGGAGCCUGGAGCGGCCCAAAGAGAACCGCGUGUGAAUCCCUGAACCCAGAGAAUCAAUCGUCUAGGCUCAGGCCAGGAUGGCUCAGGUCCGCAACCUCUGUUCCCAACCCCUCCCUGCCAGCCAGGGUUCUCUGGGUGCCAGGCUGGGGGUCUUCACUGGAGGGAGGACUGUACCCAAUUCCAAAGCCCUGAGAAGAGGGAGGCAGAAAGGGAGGCGAGUCUCUGCUGUCUGAAUAAAAGCUCCCAUCAGGUCAAGUCUGCUUCUCCUGCCUUCACCCGAUGCUGCCCAUGACCAUGGCAGACUUGGGCCUUCGAGCACGAAGGGCAGACAUUCCCUCCAGCCUGAGCUCUACUGCUUGUGCCUUCUCUGGUCUGAAGUCGGGCAGACUGGGAUGCAAAUUCCCCACUCCUCCUCUGCUUCUAGCAGAGGGACUUGGGGCAAGUCCCUUCCCCUCUGUGGGCCUGUUUCAUCAUCAGUAAAAGCAGGAUGAAACAGCACCACCUCCUAGGGUUACUUGGGGGUUUGUGAGGUGAUGCCCAGAGAAAGGGCCCAAGCAGGAGCUGUUUUAUUCUUGCCGUGUUUGCAGGGGGAAGAGGCAGCUGUGAGGCUGUGGUUUGUCACUUCGGAGUGGCAACCAGGCAUUUUCCUUGAGUUACAGCCAAGUGGGGACGGGCAGGGUGAAAAGUAUUGUUGGAAGAGUAGGCGGCCCUGUCUUGGGAUUUAGAGCCAGAAAGAUUCCCAAGGUGGCAGAGCCUUUAGAGUUUCUGGAGGCCAGCUCCUCGCUGUGUGGGUAGGGCAGCUAAGGCCCAGAGCUGGGCAGGGAGUUGUCUGAAGUAACUAGAACACAGGCCACACAGCCUGGCUGGUUUUCCUAUGCCUCAGUUUCCCUGUGGGUAAUAAGGGCUACAGUUUAUAGCUGUACCAUGUGCCUAGGCAUCUAGAUGCAUUAUUACAUCGACACUUCCAACAACCCAGGGAUGGAGGUGGUACUAUUACUUGUAUUUUACUGAGGCUGUAGGAGCAGAGCUGGGGCUGGAAUCAGGGAUCGUCUGAAGACCUGUCUGGCACUGCUGCGCGGGUGCCUCGGCCUUCCUCGCACCCACCACAUCCCAGUCCAGGGCUCCCCGCAGCAGAGGGAGAGUGUGGGAGGCUGGAGGCCUAUGUUGGAGCUGUGGCCUUUUCAAGAGGGAAGCCUUGUCCUGAGCUCUUCCAGUUUCUGCAGAAAGAGGAGGGGGUUGGGGUGAGCUCCCUGUACCUCUCAUCCAUCUUUGUAGUAUAGGUCACCUUUCCAGACCCGCCAGCUGUUUGCACAGCUUCCCAGGGUCCCGGGCACCUCUACCCUGAGGUCUGUAAAAGUCAACAGUGCCAAGGUCGUGGGGGAAGGUCAGACCCUCUGAUGGACUUCUCUGCCCAGCUGGUGAGCUCACCUGCUCCAGCUACUCGGUGCCUGAUGACCCUGGGCCUUUACAGCCCUCAAGAGAUGGGUCCCUGGGCCUCAGGAUCAGCUGGGGAGGGAGCCUGGUCUCCAGCUCACGAUGGGAGAAAAGUCACAGUGGCAAUAGCUACCCCUUACUGAGUUCCUACCACAGCCUGUGAGGCUCGCCAACUUCUGCCCAGAAACUUCAUUCUUCAUCUGAAUAAACCAUGUUGGUCUUCUUCCCACCUUUG